AGGUGGUGGUGUAUUUUGUGUGUAGAUGUUCCCCAUCAUUGACCAGUAUGGAGAUGUGUUGGUGAGGAACCUGAGGAAGGAGGCAGAGAAAGGCAAACCUGUCAACUUCAAAGACAUUUUUGGGGGCUACAGCAUGGAUGUGAUUACCAGCACAUCAUUUGGAGUGAACAUUGAUUCCCUCAACAACCCACAAGAUCCCUUUGUGGAAAAUGCCAAGAAGCUCUUAAAAUUUGAUUUCCCUGAUCCAUUUUUACUCUCUUUAAGGUAUAGAAAGAUAGCUGAUUUUGUAUGUUGAUCUUGUAUCCUGAAACCCUGGUAAACUGAUUUAUUAGUUCCAGUAGACUUUUAAUGCAUUCCUUCAGAUUUUUUAGGUACAACAUCGUGUUAUCUGAUAAUAAAGGUGCUUUUGCUUCUUUAUUUCCUCUAUGAAUAGCUUUUGGGGUUUUUGUUUGUUUGUUUGCUUUUGCCUACCUUUCCUGGCU